UCAUGUGAACAAAUAUAAUCAAAUGUGAAAAGAAUGAUUUAUGUGCAAGUUCAUAAAACAAAAUUUUUAAUUCAAAUUUCAGUACAUGAACACGAAGUUAAUUUCUGUUAACUAGAUUCGUUAAUCAUGAACCGGAUUCAUUAACAAAUUUCAUCUCAAUUUUUAAUUUGUGGUUACCUUCGUGCAUUCAUAAGAUGUACUAUCUUGGAAAAUGAUUUUGUUUGGUCAAAUCUUCUUAGUGUAUUUUCGAACUUUUGACAGAUUCAUUGGACAAAAAAGCCGUUAGACAAAUAAAAUUUAUGUUGAUAUGUUGUUUGCAUGCUUUAAUGACCUAAAGUCUGCUUUUUCAUUGUGUAAAGACAGCAAAUCUGUUGCAAAGAUCCAUGCUUUAUUAGUACUAUCUGGGUUUUUUGGUCAUGGAACUUGUGGUAGUCAACUCAUUGCGGCAUAUUCAAGAAUUGAUGACAUAAAAUCUGCUGUUAAGGUGUUUGAUGAAUUGCCUCAUAGAGGCAUUGAUAGCUGGAAUGCGAUAAUUGUUGCGUUUUCGAGGAGGGGUUGUCCUGAUGAGGUGAUGAAUUUGUAUGGCAAGAUGGGUUUGGAAGGGGUUAGGGGUGAUAGUUCUACGUUUACAGUGGCGCUUAAGGCGUGCGCGAGUUUAUUGGAUUUUGAAAUGGGGGAAAAUGUACGUAGACGGGCUGUUGAAUGUGGGUAUGAAUGUGAUGUUUUUGUGGGGUCUUCUGUUUUGAAUUUGUAUGCUAAGUGUGGGAAGAUGGAUGAUGCGAUGGUGGUGUUUGAGGGGAUGCGGAGGAGGGAUGUUGUUUGUUGGACUACUAUGAUCACGGGGUUUGCACAAUGUGGACGGAUGGGGGAGGCUAUUGGUGUGUAUAGGCGAAUGAGGGACGACAGGUUGGAGGGAGAUAAGGUUGUGAUGUUGGGGUUGAUUCAGGCGUGUGCAAAUAUUGGAGACACGAGGUUAGGGUUUUCUGUUCAUGGGUAUAUCAUUAGGAGAUGUUUUUUUAUGGAUGUUGUUGUGGAAACAAGCCUGGUGGACAUGUAUGCUAAAAAGGGAAGAUUGGAGCUUGCUUCUCGUAUGUUUAGGAGAAUGCGGUCUAGAAAUGCUGUUACGUGGAGUGCUAUGGUCUCUGGGUAUGCUCAAAACGGUUUUUCUGUAAAUGCCCUUGAAAUGUUGACAGGAAUGCAGAGUUUUGGAUUCAGGCCGGAUGUUGUUUCGAUUGUGAGUGCACUUUUAGCAUGUUCACAAGUUGGUUUUCUAAGAUUGGGUAAAUCUAUACAUGGUUAUAUAUUGAGAAUACUUGACAUUGAUCAAGUUUUGAGUACUGCGUUGAUUGAUAUGUACUCAAAAUGUGGAUUGCUUUCUCGUGCUCGUACUUUAUUUGAUGUCAUUAAUUUAAGGGACUUAAUAUUGUGGAAUACUAUGAUUGCUAAUUAUGGGAUGCAUGGACGUGGACAUGAAGCUCUCUCACUCUUUCUAGAGAUGAUAGAGACCGGAUUAAAACCUGAUGAUACAACUUUUGCUUCUCUCCUUUCAGCUUUAAGUCACUCGGGCUUAGUAGAUGAAGGACAAUACUGGUUCAAUAUCAUGGCUAGUAAAUAUAACAUUCAACCUAGUGCAAAACAUUACGCUGUUAUGGUUGAUCUUUUAGCUCGUGCAGGACAUGUAAAAGAAGCAUAUGAUCUGAUCAAUUCCAUGCCAGAUGAAUCCGGGAUUGCUAUAUGGGUGUCUCUGUUGUCUGGUUGCCUUAAUUAUAGGAAGAUGUCAAUAGGAGAAUUGGCAGCAAAAAAGAUUCUUGAAUUAUAUCCAGAUAACCCUGGAAGCUAUGCUCUUGUUUCAAACUUCUUUGCUGCUUCAAGGAGGUGGAACGACGUUGCUGGGGUGAGGGCAGUUAUGAAACAGACCGGAACAAGAAAAGUACCAGGUUGCAGUGUUGUGGAAAUGGAUGGGAUACUUCACACUUUUGUUAUGGAAGAUAAAAGCCACCCCCAACUUAAACAGAUUAUUGAGAUUCUAGGUAAACUAGAGCUUGAGAUGCUAGCUACAGAAAGUAUCCCAGAGUCUGAAAUCUGUUUAUAUUAUUUCGAGGAAGAAAAUGCCAGUGUUUUGACUUAGUAAACUAUUAAUCUCGAACGAGACUUUGAAGACUGUGACUAGACUAAGAUCACAGAGAAACUCAGGGCUGGGACGGUCCAGGCCUAUUGAGAUUAUCCAUGUCAUAUAUAUCAAAUACAAAGGAAUAGGCGAUUCCUGCCAAAGCAUCGUCAGCCAUGCACGUAAUAACAAAAAAGGAUUCUGCUGAACGCCUGAAAAAGCCACCAUUAUGAUCACAGUUAAGAGAGUUCUGCUUGAAGUUUCGGGGGCUGUAGUCCUGAACAGCUCAAUGCUCAAGCCUCAAGUAUUGACUGUGGAAACGCGAGGAGUAGAGGCCAAAAGCAUUACAUGAUCCUUCCAUUAAUGGUAAUGCUGAUUAUUCAACCUCGUUAUUGGCGGGGAUAAAAGAUGCAUAGACAGAUUGCAAGGCCCUUGACAACAAGAAUGUAGAAAAAGAAGGCUAGAUCUGAGGAACAUUCUUUGUAUAUUCAAUUUGAAAACAAAGAUAUAUAGGGUCCAGUAGUAGUUUAUACUGUUUAA